UCCCCGGAGAUGCCGGAGCCGGGGAGGCUGCGGGCUCCAUCCCGCGCAGAUCCGGGGCCGGUAACGGGAUCCGCGGGAUUAUCAGCAUCACCCGGGCCGGCUCGGAGUCCGGUUUCUUGGCCGAGGCGUUGCUGGAGCAACGUCGGGCUCGGCAUUGUGGGGCCUUUUCAGCCGGACAAGAGCCCUUUGAGCGCGCGGGGGGCCCCGCGGAGUCACCCGAUAGCCCCCGCGGCUCCCCCCGGGCCCCGCUGGCUCCCGUGGCCGCUCCGAGGACACCGGAUCCCUUCAUCAGCCCCGGGAGCGGGGCUGGCCACGGAUCCGGCCCCGCGGUGCUGACAGAUGGGGGAUGCCGCCGGUGCCCCCGCGGGGUCACGGCGUGGCCACCGCGGUCACCCGAGGGUCCCCGGGCACUGACCGCAGCGAGGGACCCCGGUGCCCGUCCCAAGCAUCCCAAUGUCCCCGAUUUUUUCCGCAUCCCGGGUGGGCGGCGAGGGGCGCUCGGGGGUGGCACGGGGAGUCCCCCGUGAAGUGACGCUGUCACCCCGGCCGUGCCCGCGGGCUCUGCGGGUGCUGCCCGCGGCCACCUCGGGGGUUGUGCCCCCCACGCCCGGCCCCCGCGGGGCUGGCCGGCGGUGCCAGACGGGCUGUCCAGCCCCGGUAUCGGAUCCUCCCGGAGGGAGGGGGCUUGGAGCUUAUUUAACGUGCCCGGCCAGGCCGGGCGGGCGCACUCGGAGCACGGGGAGCUCAGCCGCAGCCAUGGGAUCGCAGCUGGAAGGGGCCAUGGAGACCCUGAUCAAUGUGUUCCACCACUACUCGGGCAAGGAGGGGGACAAGUACAAGCUGAGCAAGAAGGAGCUCAAGGAGCUGCUGCAGAGCGAGCUGGGAUGUUUCCUGGAGACCCAGAAGGACGCAGGGGCCGUGGAGAAGAUCAUGCAGGACCUGGAUGAGAACGGCGACGGGGAGGUGGAUUUCCAGGAAUUCGUGGUCCUGGUGGCCGCCCUGACUGUGGCCUGCAACAACUUCUUCUGGGAGAACGCCUGACCCCCCUCCUGCCACAGCAGGACGUGGGCUCCCAAAAUCCAGAGCCCCCCCCCGCCACCCCCCAGCUCACCCCCUCAGCAUUCCCAGGGGAUCCCACUGGGAUCCAGCUGCACAAUAAAGGCAUCGACCCUG